CAGAGUAACGGUCCUCAUCUCCUCAGGUUCGGUACAGAUUUACACCGGCCCGGUUCUCUGUGUGAAAACUGCGAGCUGUUUGGGAUUUUCCUCCCGAUAUUAAGUCGAUAUGAAGGUAAAAUCUGUAUGAGUGUGAAGUGAUCGGACGUUAGGCGAGAUAAAAGAGGAUGUAACGGUUUGCUAGCGCGAAGCUCCAAUGUUGACGUUAGGGGAGACAGAAAGAUGCAGCGGUGAGCUACAAUGGAGGCUGAGGCGAAAAUCCUGAGAUGGAAAUGACCUCUCCUGCACACCUCUACAUCCAGUAACCUUAUCAUCACAAGCAGCAUCAGCCGCAUCUCAGCCUCCCAAUGGCUGCAGCACGGAGAAUCAAGACUCUGCUGACGGUGAACAUCCUGGUGUUUGUGGGGAUUGUGCUGUUCUCGGUGUACUGCAGGAUACAGGACCGGUCCGGGGAGAUCAUCCAGCUCAGACCCGCAGCACGGACCCGAACCGGGAAAGUUACCGACCCGGACCGACAGUCCAUCCUGCAGAGGCUAGAGAGACUGGAGGACGUGGUGUACAAUCAGCUAAACGGCGUGUCUAAAGCCAUCGGCCUGCUGGAGGGUCCCGGCGGUCUCGGUCAGGGGGGAGCAGCGGCCACUCUCGGAGGCGAGAGUCCUGAAGGUGGGGGGAAAUAUGAAGAGUACGGGUACAACGCUCAGCUCAGCGAGCGCAUCUCCCUGGACAGGAACAUCCCGGACUACAGGCCCAAAAAGUGCAGACUGAUGAGCUACCCGGACGAGCUGCCGCAGAUCUCGGUGGUGUUUAUAUUCGUAAACGAAGCCCUGUCGGUGAUCCUGCGCUCCGUACACAGCGUGGUGAACCACACCCCCGCUCACCUGCUGAAGGAGAUCAUCCUGGUGGACGACAACAGCGACAGCGUGGAGCUGAAGUUUAACCUGGAUCAGUACGUGAACAAACGUUAUCCUGGAUUAGUGAAGAUCGUCAGGAAUUCCAAGAGGGAGGGAUUGAUCCGGGCCCGGAUUCACGGCUGGAACGCAGCUACCGCUCCUGUCGUCGGCUUCUUCGACGCUCACGUGGAGUUUAACACGGCCUGGGCCGAACCCAUCCUGGCUCGAAUAAAAGAAGAUCACACUCGUAUAAUCCUGCCAGCUAUAGAUAACAUCAAGUACAACACCUUCGAGGUGCAGCAGUACGCCAACGCCGCUCACGGAUACAACUGGGGUCUCUGGUGCAUGUACAUCAUCCCGCCUCAGGAUUGGCUGGAUAAAGGAGACGAGACCGCCCCUAUUAGGACUCCUGCCAUGAUCGGCUGUUCGUUUGUGGUGGAUCGGGAGUAUUUUGGAGAGAUGGGGCUCCUGGAUCCAGGCAUGGAGGUGUAUGGAGGAGAGAACAUUGAACUUGGAAUGAGGGUGUGGCAGUGUGGGGGCAGUAUGGAGGUGUUGCCGUGCGCCCGGGUCGCUCAUAUCGAACGCACCAAGAAGCCGUACAACAACGACAUCGACUACUACGCCAAACGCAACGCGCUGAGAGCCGCCGAGGUCUGGAUGGACGAGUUCAAAUCCCACGUCUACAUGGCCUGGAACAUCCCCAUGAACAACCCUGGCGUGGAUUUCGGCGACGUCUCUGAGCGAGUGGCUCUGAGGAACCGACUGAAGUGUAAGAGUUUCCGCUGGUAUCUUCAGCACGUCUAUCCAGAAAUGAGGAUCUACAACGACACCAUCACGUACGGGGAGGUGAGGAACAGUAAAGCGAGCGGUUAUUGCCUGGAUCAGGGAUCAGAAGAUGAUAAUAGAGCAAUCCUCUACCCCUGUCAUGGCAUGUCGUCUCAGCUAGCGCGGUACUCCACAGAGGGGCUGCUGCAGUUAGGACCCCUGGGCUCAACCACGUUCCUGCCCGAUACCAAAUGUCUGAUCGAUGACGGGCGGGGUCGAACGCCGAGCUUGAAGAAAUGUGAGGCCGUAUCCCGAUCCUCACAGAGACUCUGGGAUUUCACGCAGAACGGGCCGAUUAUAAACAGGGACAGCGGUCGCUGUCUGGAGGUGGAAAUGUCCAAGGAUGCAAGUUUCGGGCUGCGCCUGGUCAUGCAGCGAUGUUCAGGACAGAAGUGGAUGAUACGGAACUGGAUCAAACACCCCAAACACUGAAGUAACUAAUAAACAUGCUGCAGGAGUCACCAGCUCCUCUCUGCUUCCUGAGCGACGGAUUAAACGUCAGCUGUCCGUCUGCUGACGCCACCGUGCAGUUUUGGUCGAGACUGAGACGCCCGUCUGUUGGGCGGAGGUGUUUCUGAUCAGCGGGAGGGAUGAGACGAACCACUACGGUGAUGAACCGGAGAGCAUCACUGUACAGACCUCUGCUGCUGGGGUUGAAGAUAAAUGCACCACUCCUAUAAUCUCAUACACCUUACCAACAGUUUACAUUCGAUUACAGGUCCAGACUCUACUGAGGGAAGAUUCUCCCGCUCUGCAUCUCAUCUUUGUUUUAUCUCAGUUUACAUCAGGAGAGACGUUCUACCAAAGCUGUUACGUUGGGGUUCAAAUGAACGUCCCGAUUUAGCACCCACUAUUAGGGCGCGUUCAUAUAAAAAGGGGCAAACCGUGAGCCUUGGUGCAAACCAUCGUUUUGCUGGUCUGAAUGUGCAUCAGUGUGGAAUAAGGUGCAGAUCCAGGGUUACAGCUCCACAUGUAUCUGUGUUUAUCUGGAUUCUCCUCCCUGUUUCACUUUUAAACUUGUGUUACAGCUCCAGCUUCUGAGAAAUGGUGAGAAUCAGAAUCAGCUUCUCCCAGAGUCUAAAACGCUUCUGGUUCAGAAUAAAGCUUCACGUGGUUUAAUGUAGUAAAAGAAGGAGACAGGAGCACUAAACUUCUCUUCAUUAUUACUGCUCAUAAGUUCCUCCACUAAUCACAUUCCUCACUCGCUGUUUUACUACAAUAAGUCACGCUAAGCUUCGUUCACGUUGGGACGCUCAGGUGGCGCAGCGGUAAAAAAACACAGUAGAACACCAGAGCUGGGAUCUCGAAUACAUGGUAUCGGGUCUCGGCUCUGCCUGCCGGUUGGGCUGAGCAGCCACAAGCUGGAUGGGGUCCCUCUCUUAACUAAUGCAAUUACGACCUCUGCUGGCUGAUUGAUGGCGCCUGCACAGAGAUGAGAAAAGAGUGCUGUCAGGGUGUGUCUCUCCGUACACAACGCUGAGCUGCACUGCACUCGUCAAAGAGUAGGUGAUAAGAUGCAUACGGCUGCUGCCCACGUGUCGGAGGGUGCGUGGGUUAGAUUCGUUCUCCUCAAUCAGGGCGGGGAUCGGCAUCGGUGGAGAGGAAGCGUGACGCAAUCGGGCGAUUGGACUCGGAAAAAGGGAGAAAAAGGGAGAAAAUGCUUAAACAAUAUAUGUACAGUAUAUAUUUAAAAAAAUAAGUUUUGUUCACGUUAAGCGUUGUUCGUACGGCCUGAGUCGCUUUUACCGCCUCGUAUCAAACAGUCCGUCUCACUGGAGGAGCUUUGAAAAGGUCAGCAAACCGGGUCAAAGUUUAAUCAGGUGAACAGAAAUCGCAAAAGUGCCGUCAGCGUAAUCGGUUUUGUCGCUUCUCAUGUGAACGCGCCCUUAUACCAGCGGGUACCUGGGUACGGAAAUCGUUCUCUUUGUUAAGCAGGUAGAUUCGAAUUGUUUCAGAUUGACCGUCCAGCAUGUAGGUGAUCUCACUGCACCUGAGCUACGACCCCGCCCAACAGUUUCUGAGAUAAAAAUGCACUUUUAUUUCAUUCUGAAUAAUAGAUCUAUUUAAUAUACAGUGUAUCACAAAAGUAAGUACACCCCUCACAUUUCUGCAA